UUCAGAAGAAUGUAACUUUCUUGGUGCAUAAUUCAAUAGACUUUUACUAUAAGAUAGCAUCUUGCAGUACAAUAAUGAACAAUACAGUAAUGUCUUCAAACAUGGAAAUCAUCCAAAACGCAACAUACGAUUAUUUCAUCAACUGGACAAAUAUGUCCUUCCCUUUGGAGGACUUUGACAACAACUCACUGUUCUUGAGCGACUCCCACGUGAGAGACGUUCCCCUCAAAUCUUCUUUGCAUUUGCAGGGACCAUCCCUGUUGUCCAUCGUAUCAUUGACCACUCUCUUGGGAGUGCUCAUUCUUUCGACCGUGGUCGGAAACCUGUUCGUCCUCACGGCCAUCCUGAGAGAGCGCUACUUGCAGACGGUGAGCAAUUAUUUGGUGUUCUCGUUGGCGAUUGCAGACCUGAUGGUGGCUUGUCUGGUUAUGCCUAUGGGUGCUCAAUACGAAGUCAUGAACCAACAGUGGGUGCUGGGGGCCACCCUUUGUGAAUUGUGGACCUCGGCGGAUGUCCUGUGCUGCACAGCGUCCAUUCUGCAUUUGGUGGCCAUAGCGGUAGACAGAUUCAGAGCAGUGACCAGCAUCGAUUAUGUCCAGCACCGAAAUACAAGCAGAGUCGGUCUGACGAUUGCGCUGGUCUGGGGUGUAGCAUUUCUGGUUUCUUUUGCGCCAAUUCUUGGAUGGAAGGAUGACAAGUUCUUGUACAGAAUACAGGAAGAGAAGCGAUGCCUGCUGAGCCAAGACAUCGGCUAUCAGAUCUUCGCUACCUGCGCCACCUUCUAUGUACCCCUGGUGCUCAUUCUUAUCUUGUAUUGGCGCAUUUAUCAGGUGGCCCGUAGGCGCAUCCGCAGGAGGCCAAUCCGCCCGGCUACCCUCCUGCCCCUGGUCUCUGAAGGGAUCACCUCGUUCAACGGAUCCGUCAAGACUGACACUCCAUCAAAGAUAAAGAAGCGUCCCAGAGACACAGUCGAGUCCAAACGGGAGAAGAAGGCAGGCAAGACCCUGGUCAUCAUCACUGGAGUAUUCGUCAUCUGCUGGUUGCCCUUCUUCGUGAUGGCUCUGCUCAUGGCCCUGUGCACCUCCUGCGAGCUCCAUCCCCGACUCUUCUCUCUGUUCUUAUGGCUCGGAUACCUUAACUCGACUCUCAACCCCCUCAUCUACACGCACUUCAACCCGGAUUUCAGGAAGGCUUUCGCUAGGGUGAUCAGGGGUAAGCGUCACCCCUCGGCAAGAGCAUAAAGACCGUGCAUGAACACUCUCCGGCAAUGUUUUAACGUGCAGGGUGAUACAAAAUUCACACAGAACCUUUUUGAGGAAUGUAAGAUACAAAUUAUGAAAUCCUAUUUAUGUAUGAUCAGCGUGGGAUUAAACCUCGGAAAAUCCUUUCAGAUGGCUAGCUUGAAACCCUCUUUCCUCCUCCUCCUCUUUUUUUUUAAUAUUGAGAGAAAUUAAAAUAACAAAGCUUUUAAUUUUAAAUCAUAUUCAUGAGAAAUUAUUUUAAUAGAUAGUAUAUAAUUUUUUUUUAAU